AUUUGUUCAGUUGAAAAACAGUAAGCAAAAUGAGUUCUAUUGGAGACCUAGUGAUCAAAGUUUCAAGCUUUGUGUUUGUACUUCUUCUCUUGGCACUCAUCAAGAUUUUUAACAAGUUAUGGUGGACUCCAAUUCGCAUUCAAAAUUUGAUGGUGUUGCAAGGAGUCAAAGGCCCUUCUUAUAGAUUUAUCCAUGGAAACACCAAAGAAAUCUCCAACUUGAAGAGAGAUAUUAUGAGCAGGUCAAUGAGCUUAUCGCAUGACAUAUUAUCUGCUGUUCAACCUCAUAUUCACUUAUGGACCAGCAUAUAUGGACAGAUUUUUCUUCAGCGGUAUGGUUCUCAACCUCAGUUAAGAACCUGACUGUGCAAAGAACCUGAACUGUGCAAAGAGAUACUCAAUAACAAACAUGGAGCUUAUUCAAAAAAGAAGUUUCAAGGCUAUGUCAAGAUGCUACUAGGGGAAGGCCUGGGUUGUGCCGAAGGUGAAAAAUGGGCAAAAUUGCGAAAGAUGGCCAACCAUGCCUUUCAUGGAGAGAGCUUAAAGUUUAUGAUUCCUGGGAUGAUAGCCAGUGCAGAGACAAUGCUAGAAGAGUGGAAAAGUCAUGAAGGAAAAGAAAUCGAGGUGUUCGAAUUGUUUAGGUUGUUCACUUCAGAAGUGAUUUCAAGGACCGCCUUUGGCAGCAGCUACUUAGAAGGAGAAGUUUUUGAAAACAUUAUGAAGCUAUCAGUUUUCUUGGUCAAGAAUUCCUUCACUAUUAGGUUUCCUGGCUUAAGUAAGAAUGUCAAAACCAAUGAUGAGAUUGAGUCAGAGAAGAUUGAGAAAGGAAUACGCAACUCCCUAAUAGAGAUUAUAAAGAAAAGAGAAAAGAAAGCACUAAUGAGUAGAGAAGAUGAGAGCUUUGGGAAUGAUUUUCUUGGGCUACUUUUAAGGGCUCAUCAUGAUACCAAUGACAAAGACAUUUCAAUGGAUGGUUUAGUUGAUGAGUGCAAGACUUUUUACUUUGCAGGACAAGAAACCACUAACAGUAUGCUUGCUUGGACUGUCUGUCUUCUGGCACAUUAUACAGAUUGGCAAGAGAGAGGAAGAAAGGAGGUCCUGCAAAUAUUUGGCAAACAAAACCCUGAUCCAGAUGGCCUUACCAAGCUUAAAACAAUGAGUAUGAUCAUCAAUGAAUCACUAAGGUUAUACCCUCCAGUUCUGUCCAUUGAGUGGAAAGUUUAUUGGGAAGUUAAACUAGGAAAGCUCAUUGUUCCUGCUAAUGUUGAAGUGCACAUUCCAACUCUAGCACUGCACCAUGAGCCUCUAUUCUGGGGUCAAGAUGUACAACUUUUCAAGCCAGAAUGAUUCUCCGAGGGGGUUGCUAAAGCUACUAACAACAAUAUAGGUGCCUUCUUGCCCUUUGGAAUGGGGCCUAGAAUUUGUGCAGGCUUCAACUUUGCAACCGUUGAAGCAAAGAUUGCUCUGUCAAUGACUCUACAGCGCUACAGCCUCACCCUUUCCCCAGGUUAUGCUCACUCUCCCCAUCAAUAUCACACUAUUCGCCCACAACAUGGGGUUCAGGUGAUGCUCCACCCACUGUGAACUGUGAACUGUAAUGAUGAGCCAGACAGACGCUACAUAUUUUUGCCUUUGAAUAAAACAGAGUAGUGCAACCUCUCUUAUGUGCUAGGAGUUGGUUCCUGUGGUUUAAUUUGUUCUGUGCUGAUUUAGCUUUUGCAUUAAUCAUUGAUGUGUGAACUUGUCUGGUAUUCUGGUUAAAUCCAUUGAGAAUACAUUUAUAUAGUUUGAAGAGCAUA